UUAUGUUACUCAAAGUUGACGGCCCCAGUUGGAUUUUCGCAUUUGCUUCUCGUGGAGGUUACUCGGUAAAAUAACUCAGAGAAUAGUUUUGAUUUGCACGUUGUGUUGCUUGUUAUUGGUUGUUGUUCCUUUUUAAUUUGACCCACGACAAUUCGAGAUGUACGAGUUGAAAACGCUUCUGCCUGCUUUCGACAUUACCGUGCCCAAGUGCAUGUACGCCAUGAAGAGCCUGGCCCUGAAGCGCGACGGCGGAACGCCAGAAGUAAGUGGCUCAUCGAUUUGCUCCUCAACAGAUCCUAUCCUGCAGAGCAUACGUCGGCAAAUUGAUAUGGUUUUGAAGGCCGAAAACGCUUCCGCUAUGACUAAAUUGGAAGAACGACAAGAAGUAGUUAUAAAACAACUACACGAACUACGAAAUCAGCUUCAAUCGAUGCGAUCGUCAUUGAACGUUUGCGGCAAAACUAUACAACAUACUCAACCUAGGGGCGAAGUUUAUGAAUCGCUUCCAGAUAUAGUUAUUAAUGCGCAUCCGAAAUUCAUACCAUAUGCAUUACUCGCUAUUAAAAAUAUAUGGAAAGAUGUUUUCAAUAUUGAUGUGAAAUGUUAUUCACAUUCAACAAUUGUUAGUCUGGACCAGGAGGCAAUUGAAUUUCAAAAGCAGAUAACUGCUAACAACUCAUCUGUGAAGAGUCCUGGUAUUAAAGUCACACUUAUUUGGAAAAAUACCGAACAUACUGAAAUGAUAAGUUCACCAACAAUGUACGUCCCCAUCUACGGUGAGGUGAACAUAAUUCGAUAUUUAGCCCGCGUCGGUCCUCAGGAUUAUCGAUACGAGGAUACCACCUAUAGCAAUGAUAUUGAUGUUAUCCUUGAUAUUUGCUACCAACUGUUACGUUGUCAAACAGCUAAGUCAAUGCAACCUCUACUGCGCUCACUAAAUAACCGACUUCAAAAGCAAAAGUACUUCACUGGUGAUCAACUAUCCAUUGCCGAUGUUGCCGUUUGCAGUUCGAUAAGGAGGAUGCCAGCCGCCGCGAAGAAUUUAACAGAGAAUAUGAAUAAGUGGUUGACUCGUGUGAAACAAGUUACUCUAAUAUAGAAAUGUGAUUGAAAUUUAAAAAGCUCAAA